AUGCAGACCUUUGGAAGCUUCCUCGUCGCCGCUCUAGCAGCUGGCUUCGCUUCGGGCAGCCCCAUGCCCAGCAAAUCUGGCUCCUUUGAGCUGAAGCAGACGGCAAACCCCAACUUCUCCUCCCGCAACGGCCCCCAGGCCCUCGCCAACGCCUACCGGAAGUAUGGCAAGGCUGUCCCCGAGCACAUUGCUCUGGCUGCUGCCAAGAACACCAAAGCCAAGCGUGCCUCCGGCACCGCCACGGCAAACUCUAUCCAGGGCGACCUCGAGUACCUCGUCGAUGUCAAGAUUGGCAGCGGCCAGACUCUGAAGCUCGACUUCGACACCGGCAGCUCUGACCUCUGGGUCUUUUCCACCGAGACCCAGGGCGCUGGCUCCCAGACCAAGUACGACCCCUCCAAGAGCUCAUCUUCCAAGAAGCUUGACGGCGCCACCUGGAAGAUCUCCUACGGCGACGGCUCCAACUGCUCCGGCGACGUUUACACCGACGACGUCACCGUCGGCGGCCUGACCGUCAAGGGCCAGGCUGUCGAGGCCGCGAAACAGGUCUCCCAGCAGUUUGCCCAGGGCGAGGGUGACGGCCUCCUCGGCCUCGCCUUCUCCGAGCUCAACACGGUCACCCCCGAGAAGCAAAAGACGUGGUUCGACAACGUCAAGUCGCAGCUGGACUCCCCCCUCUUCGUCGCCGAUCUCAAGCACAACACCCCCGGCAGCUACGUCUUCGGCAAGGUGCCCAGCGGCGCCGGACAGGCCAGCUACGUCGAUGUCGACAGCAGCCAGGGCUUCUGGGGCUUUAGCGCCACCACAGACAACGGCGAGGUCAAGGGCAUUGCCGACACCGGCACGACCCUCCUCCUCCUCGACGACCAGAGCGUCCAGGCCUACUACUCCAAUGUUAAGAGCGCGCAGAACGACCAGCAGGAGGGCGGCUACACCUUUGACUGCAGCGAGAAGCUGCCCGACUUCUCCUUCGGCGUCGGCGGCGGCAACAUCACCAUCCCGGGCGCCAUCAUCAACUACGCCCAAGGGUCUGGCGGCAAGUGCUUCGGCGGCAUCCAGGCUGCGGGCAACAUCCCGUUCAACAUUUUUGGCGACAUUGCGCUCAAGGCCGCCUACGUCAUCUUUGAUGGUGCUAAGAACCGUCUCGGCUGGGCCCAGAAAAACUAA